UGGCCGCUCUGCUUCUCUCUCUCUGAUUUCAGCUUUCUUUGCCUUCUGUGCUUUAUGGUGUUUUAUCGUAUUCUAUAUUGUGGAUUUCUCCUUUCCGAUUCUUCUUACGUGUAGUACAUACAUAUCGUGUACAAAAUGAUGAUGAAUCCGAAGGAAAAGGAAAAGUACAUUGAGGAAUUCGAUUUUCCAUAUUGCGACGAAUCCUCCAAGUAUGAAAAAGUAGCGAAAAUUGGCCAAGGAACCUUUGGAGAAGUAUUUAAAGCCAAGGACAAGAAAACAAAUAAAAAGUUUGUUGCAAUGAAAAAGGUACUAAUGGACAAUGAGAAAGAAGGAUUUCCUAUUACGGCUUUACGUGAAAUAAAGAUAUUACAAUUGCUGAAACAUGAGAAUGUAGUUAAUCUCAUAGAGAUUUGCAGGACAAAAGCAACUCAGUAUAAUCGAUAUCGGUCUACCUUUUACUUGGUGUUUGAUUUCUGCGAACAUGACUUGGCUGGUUUGUUGUCAAAUGUAAAUGUGAAAUUUAGUUUAGGCGAGAUAAAAAAGGUUAUGCAACAGUUAUUAAAUGGUCUUUACUAUAUACACAGCAAUAAGAUUUUACAUAGAGAUAUGAAAGCCGCUAAUGUUUUAAUAACAAAGAAUGGCGUAUUAAAGUUAGCUGACUUUGGUUUGGCACGAGCAUUCAGUGCAAAAAACGGCCAUUCAAAUCGUUACACCAAUAGAGUUGUCACUCUUUGGUACCGACCGCCAGAACUCCUACUUGGUGACAGAAAUUAUGGACCACCUGUAGAUUUGUGGGGCGCUGGUUGUAUAAUGGCAGAAAUGUGGACAAGGUCUCCUAUAAUGCAGGGGAACACCGAGCAACAACAGCUUAUAUUGAUUUCGCAAUUGUGCGGCUCGAUAACGACUGAGGUAUGGCCUGGUGUUGAAAAUUUGGAUCUAUUUACCAAAAUGGAUCUUCCGAAAGGGCAGAAAAGAAAGGUCAAAGAUAGACUGAAGCCAUAUUUAAAGGAUCCUUACGCCUGUGACUUGUUGGACAAACUUUUAAUACUUGACCCUAGCAAAAGAUGCGAUUCUGAUUCUGCGUUAAAUCAUGACUUUUUCUGGACCGAUCCAAUGCCAUGCGAUCUCAGCAAGAUGCUGGCGCAGCAUACACAGAGUAUGUUUGAAUACCUGGCACCACCGAGACGACCUGGUCAUAUGCGGCACCCGCAUCAUCAAGUGCCUGGAGGACCAUCUAAGCCUAGUUCUAGUAUGGCCGAUAGCGGCUACCAGGAUCGUGUCUUUUAAUUUCAUAUUUAUUUAUUUCAAUUCACACGCAUGUACAUGUAAUAUAUUUCAUACGUGCAUACAUAGCAACGCAAAUUUUAUAUAAACUGCUAUCGUGUGCAGUGCUAUGUAAUUCCAUCCCGAUGUUACCAAAUUUUGAUACAGUUCUAAUAUAGUUAUUAAAGUUAUUUUAUUUAAAAA